AUGCGGGGGAGUACUUGGGGCUCCUCCCAUUGGCGGACUCCCCUCUGCUCCAACUCUCCUGAGCUCAGCCCCUCCCUAGAGGAAAUGGCUUCUCUCGAGGAUGCCUACCGCUGUAGGAGAAGUUCCAGACAGAGUUCCCGUAACUCCACAAACUCUGAAAUUGCAGCCCAGGCUGAGGGUCACAGUAAGUCCAAGGACCCAAACAACGUCAGGAGAAAGAGUGCUACACUGCAUGACCAAAGCGCUCCAUUCAUCUAUGGGAAGGGUAUCCAGGGCAUCCUGGGAAAACUGAUUCCAGAAGCAGAGGAAGCUGUUGGUGCAAAACCCAGCAUAAGAGAGCGUCUCAGCCCUGGACAAAGACCUGCCAGGGUCGUCACCUUCCCUGCUCCUCCAAAAAAGCAGCUGCCAGUCCCCGAGGUUAGAGUGGAGAAGGAAAUGAUAGCGAUAGAGGUCAACAGUUUUGGUAACAGGAGAGUGAUUAUCGAUCCGCAGGAGAAACCCUGUAAGAAGUUGCCAGUUGACAGAAUGGUGCUCAACUUUAAAAAAGGCUGUCCGGUCCCAAAAUUUCUAGACAGACGUGACUGUUGUUCAGAGAUCCAAAAGCAUCAAGAAAGGGAGGCCAUCGCUGAGCGCCCCUUUUCACUUAGUCACCCUCCUGGUGUAGAAGAGCUAGCUGCAGCCAGAUUCCCUCAGGAGAGGCCAGUCUCCUUGGGUUUCUCAAGAGUUUCAAAGCCUCCAUCCUUCACCACGGGUGGUGGUCCGGACCAACCUCAUUUGCACAGGGGUCUGCGGCAGGCCUAUACCAGCUGCUGGAGCAGCAUUCACCAGCCUUCUUACUCUCCCUCUGUGGGCAGCAGCAGCGACACCACACCCCAGGCCGGGAGGAACAGCCGCAGCUUUUUCAGUGAUUAUCCCUCCGGCUCAGAAAUGCACUUCCAAAACUGGUCCAGAGACUGGAAGGCAUUAGAGGAAGGUCCGUCCCCGAACUUUCAUGCCUCUCGUUUCUCCAGAAGUUUAGAAGCCCAGGAGCAAACUGUCCAAGAGGAGACCCCGUCAUAUCCUUUUGGAGAAUAUGCAUCUAAUUUUUGGCCCAGAUGCCACUGGAAUCGAGGCCUAGGUCAUGGUUUCAUUGACACCCAUUGCCACUUGGAUAUCCUCUACUCCAAGCUGUCUUUCAAAGGGACCUUCAGCAAGUUCAUAGAAAUAUACAACUAUACCUUUCCUAAGGAAUUUCAGGGCUGCAUCUCUGAUUUCUGUGAUCCUCGCACACUAAGGGAUGGCCUCUGGGAGGAGCUGCUGAAAGAUGAUCUGGUUUGGGGGGCCUUCGGCUGUCACCCCCAUUUUGCACGUUACUACAAUGACACUCAAGAAAGAAAGCUUCUGUACGCCUUACGGCACCCCAAGGCCAUAGCGUUUGGAGAGAUGGGAUUAGAUUACUCUUACAAGUGCACCACCCCGGUUCCACAACAGCACAGGGUGUUUGAGAGACAGCUGCAGCUGGCCGUGUCUCUGAAGAAGCCCCUGGUGAUCCACUGCCGAGAAGCUGACGAAGAUCUGCUGGGCAUCAUGAAAAGAAGAGUGCCCCCUGACUACAAGAUCCAUAGGCAUUGCUUCACGGGCACCUACCCGCUCAUCGAGCCCCUCUUGAAGUAUUUUCCCAACAUGUCUGUGGGGUUCACAGCCGUCCUGACCUACUCUUCCGCCUGGGAGACCCGCGAGGCUCUGAAAAUGAUCCCACUGGACAGAAUCGUCGUGGAAACCGACGCGCCCUACUUCCUGCCUCGUGGGGUUCCCAAAAGCGUCUGCCAGUAUGCCCACCCGGGCCUGGCCCUGCAUACGGUUCGAGAGAUUGCCAGAGUCAAAGGUCAGCCUCUCUCCUACACCUUGGCCAUCUUGCGCAAGAACACUAGUUACCUUUACAAUCUUUAAGCAAAGAGGGUAUCGUCAGGAGUCUUCCAGGAAAGGGGGAUGAGCAGCCCAACAGCACAGACUUGGUUUGAACUCUGCCUGUGUCCCAAGGUCAAGGACGUGUUCGGUGAGUCCACUGGGACAGAAAGAGACCAUAAUAGGAUGCUUGC